AUCGGAUUGGUUGAUUCAAAGUGGUGGGGAUCGAGCGUCGUGUAGGCGGCAUCCUUUAUAAAACGGUCGCACCCUUCUUUCUUACAGAUGAGUCGAUCCAGUCCUCAGUAAAACAUCACUUAUAACCGUGAAACAUCAUUGACAAUAUCGUUUAUAGUCACUCGUCUAUCAUUUAUCGUUUACUCAUUUGUCAUUCGUUAUUGUCCAUUAUUUUUCUCGGUAGUUAUCAUAAACGUUUCCUUGUUUCCAUUGCUAAUUAUUUAAAAUAAAAUAAAAAUCGUUCAUUAAUGAGUUCCAAUAUUUGUGAAUAAAAAUUUGAAAAUACUUAUAGUGUGUGUCAACGGUGAAAGUUUCUUGUUGUAGAUCAUCCAGAAAAUGUUAUAAUAAACUAUUUAAUUUUGUGAUAUAUAUUUUUGUUAAAUAUGCAAAUAAUCAUCGCGAAGAUAUAGGAAAAAAGAAAAAGAUUGUCAAAUUAUUCAGUGUUUCUAAGAAAGAGCAACAACAAGUUACUUGGACAAAAUAACGAUUUGAUCAGUGAUUUCAAUAUUUUCAUCUUUGUUAGGAAAUCUUUUGAUUGUUAUUAAAAUAUCAUAAUAAUGACUGAUUUCACUGGUAUCGGCAUGGUUCCAUAUUACAAUCAUAUCGUCUACCGUCAGCAACAACAAUAUCCGCCACAACAGGGAUAUUCUCAGCAAAUGCAGCAGCAUACACCCACGCAACAAGUACAACAACAUGCAGUUGCGGCUGCAGCAGCGGCCGCAGUAGCUGUAACAGAUUCCGCACAACAAUAUUGGUAUACAGGUUACAGUCAUGGACAUGCCCAACCGACGACUCACCAUCAUCACCAAAAUACCGGAUCACCACAAUAUUUCGAACACACGGAUGUUUUCACGGGUUGGCCGGCUCAUCAUCACACACAUCAUUACAGUCCACAUUACCAAUACCAGCAUCAUACAACUUAUCAGCAACCACAGGUGCAGCAACAACUACAACAACCAUUACAGCAGCAGAUUCACUACCAUCAUCAUCAAGUUCCACUACAGAGAUCACCGAUGAUUCAGCAACUUCCGCCUCAAAGAUCACCAAUUCAGCAGCAAGAACAAAUGACUCAAACAGGUAUCAAUUCUUGGACCGGUCCGCUGAGUCCACCUACUACCGUUAGCGGUAGCGAAAUCAGCAGCCCUGGUGCGCAAUCUGUUUCACUAGAGAACAAUAAUAACUACUGUUAUCAAAAUGGUACAAACAGCGUAAAUAGCGCAAACAGCGUAAAUAGCGCAAACAGCGUAAACAGCGCAAAUAGCGCAAAUAGCGUAAACAGCGCAAACAGCGCAAAUAGCGUAAACAGCGCAAAUAGCGCAAACAGCGUAAACAGCGCUAAUAGCGCUAACAGUGUAAACAGCACACAAAGCACAAACAGUAAUAAGGAGAAUAACUCAAAACCGGGAUUAAACAGGAGUCCGUUCGAGUGGAUGAGAAAACUGUCGUAUCAAAGUCAACCGAACCCAGUGUGUGACGUAGCCACAGCCUGCAACACGAGUCAGGCUACGACGCUUCACGAGUUCUGCAUCCUCGACAGCACCGGAAAAACUCGGACCAAAGACAAAUACAGAGUGGUUUAUUCGGAUCAUCAAAGACUGGAACUCGAAAAGGAAUUUCAUUUUAAUAGUUAUAUUACGAUCCGACGUAAAACAGAACUUGCCAGCUCUCUUAAUCUUUCUGAACGACAGGUCAAAAUUUGGUUCCAAAACAGACGAGCGAAACAAAGAAAACAAAUGAAGAAACGGGAAGAAAUGGAACAAAAAAUAUUUAAAAAUCCGGAAACACUUACUUUGGAAGAAAGAAAAGCGCGCGUGGAAGAUAGGAUCUGGUGGAGUUACUUGCAAUAAAAAUAGGAAAAUAAAUAGACACACUUUGCAACUAUAAUGUGUAAACUCUGUAUAUAGAUAAUAUAUAAGACAUUAAUAUAUGUAAGACUCUAAUAAUUAAUUUAUGACACGUGUAAUUAGGAUGUAUCAGCAAUAAGACACCAUUUUAACGCUGAAACGCUCUCGCAUUGGAUUUAAAAUUUUAAAUUUUAACAUACUGUUCUUAACCUUGGAAUGCAAAUAAUUUGUUAUUUAUAUAAAAAGUAAAUUAUUCACAUUAUUAGAAUUAGCAAUUUCCAAUGAUGUUCGGGACAAUAAUAAACAAAUUCCAAUGCUAAAUUAUUGUAUAUAAGUGCAUAAGAAGAAGAAAGAGAAUAUAACGUGUAAUAAAUUAUUAAUUAAAGUCUUAUACAUUUAGUUGCCAAGUGUUGUAAUGUAAUGAUUUGUGAUUUUACUAUAAAAAAAAUUUUAAAUCUAAAAGUGA